CAUCUUCUCCACAAAAAAACCCUAGAAACUCCUCUCUAUCUCUCUCUCUCCCCUCCCGAAUUCUGGUACGAGCGGCGAAGUUGUCUAAUUGCUUUGAGAAUUUUGGCGGCAGAUCGAAUUUCAGAUCAACAGACUCACUCCGAGCAGAGAUGUCCGCUGGAGUUUGCGGUAAACGGGUCGGGUUCGAGGAGUUGUUCGGGUCAUCUUCCCCGACGAAUAAGAGAUCCAAGUGUUCGAGUUUUGGGUCGCCGGUUCGGUCACCCGAACUUGGGUCUGGAUCCGAUGACCCUGUUUCGGUUUUGAUCCGUAUGUUCCCCUCCAUGGAUCCUGAGUUCGUCAGGAAGGUUCUGAACAAUAAGAACAACGAGUUUGAAGAGGCGAAAGAGAGCUUACGCACGAUUUCUUUCGGCGGUGGCAUGGAUCAUCAAACAAAUGUGAGCAGUUUCGAUACAGAAGCUGCAGGAAUUUGUGGUGAAAUGCGUGGAGGGGAGACAGCUACAUGUAGUCAGAUGCCAGAGCAUGAAGCUGGGAUGAGAAAGACCCCUACUUUUGAUAACAAGAAUGUGACAGAUGGAGCCAAAUGGGUUGAUUUAUUGGUCUCCGAGAUGGCAAACGCUACAAACAUCGACGAUGCAAAGAGACGGGCUGCCGGGAUCUUACAAGCGUUAGAGAGAACGAUAUCUCAAAACUCCAAAACCGAAAAGGAGUGUUAUCAGCUUGAAUACGCAUCCUUGAAAGAGCGGCUGCAGAGCUUGAUCAACGACAACCAAAUCUUGAAAAGGGUCGUCGCAAUUCAACACGAACGUGUCUCAGAACAAGAAGAGAAGGCCAAAGAAUUAAAACACUUGAAAGUUGUGAUCGGACAGUACCAAGAACAAGUGCACAAGCUGGAGCUUAGCAACUACGCCAUGAAACUCCAUCUGCAAAGGUCGCAACCACACUCUUCUUUUCCUGGGAAUUUGCCUCCGGACGUAUACUAAAGCCACUGAAUCUUCUUCACCCAGUCUUGCGCUGGAGUAAUUGGAUAGGGCAUUGAUGAAUGGUAGUACUUAUAUUAUAUUUUGCCUCUUAAUGUAGUAAUAUUACUCAAGUAUUAUGAUGUGAGCUUCUUCUGUAUUGUGUAACUGGGCAUGCUUCAAAUCAUAUAUAUAUAUAUAUACA